AUGUUUUCGUUUCUUUUUCUAGGUACAAUUUUAAUAUCGAAUGCAUACGCUUCUAGUUAUGCAUAUUAUCAUAAUUCAACAUUUCCAUCUAGUACAUCUGCUUCUUCCUUAGUUUUAUCAUAUAUGAGAAGUUCUAAUACUUUGAUCUCAUCUAACACUGGUUCCAGUAAGUCUUUAUCAUUUGACGAAUUAAUUACAUCUUCUGAUAAUCUGCCUACCUCUUCUUCUGAAUUAUCCCAAUAUGUUACUCCAGAUAGUGUAAUGUCCGUGAAUACUAACUUAUACACAUCAUAUAGUAUUGUUACCGAUAUUGACGUUACCAUUGAGAAUUUUUCAACCGAUCUGAUUAAAACAUGUCCUACUUGUACUUUUAAAGCUUCUCAUACAGGUUCCCAUGCCAUUGCCACCACAGGCGCUCUAAUAUCUGUAAACACUGGUACGAUCAAUGCUACGACAUCAACUACUGAAAUUGCAAGCACAUCUUCUAGCGUCUUAUCCACUAAUAUUAAUACAAUAGAUUAUUCAUAUUCAUCAGUAUCGGAUACUACUGUCUACUCUAAGAACUUGGAAUCAUCAUCUAUGACGUCAUUGGACCUUGUAUCUUCUGUGUCCUCCAGUGUAUAUCACACCACUACCUACAAUGAUGCCACAGAAUCUCAUGAACAAAUUAAUUCAACAAUUUUAACUACAUUUUCUACUUCUAAUGAAAUUAAAAUAUCGUCAUAUAUUGCUUAUCAGCAAAAGGUAACUCAAACGGUAAACGGUGUUGUGACAGUUUAUACUACAUGGUGUCCUUUGGAGAAUACUGACAAAUUUGAUAGCUCGACUACCUCAUUAAGCUCAUUCGUUCCUAAGAAACAUAUGUCAGUGAAGUUGAUUGAAACUGCUUAUACAAAAAGUACUAUCGAAUCAACAUCCUUACCAGGUACACCUCUCAGUGACCUAAUUGUUGUAUCAUCCACAACCAAAGCACUAAAUAGUUCUAGUGCAGAUUUGGUCAUCGAUAACACUCAUGUUCCUUCUUCUAUUGUUACAACUAACCCAAAUCUAGAUUUUGAGGCAGGUACUGUAAGAACUAACACAAUUUCUUCAUCAUCAUCAUCAUCUUCUUCUUCUUCUUCUUCUUCCUCUUCUUCUUCUUCUUCUACUUCGUCUAUUCAAUCCAACAUUAAUUCUCCAACUUCUAUGAUAUCAAUAGCAUCUUCAAUUGCAUCUAGUACUACAACUACGUUUAUGUUAUCUACCGUCCACACAACUAUAAAUGGCGUAGUUACAGAAUAUACCACAUGGUGCCCAUAUGAAAAAACUGCUUCUGAAUUAACAACUAAAACGGAAAAGGUCAGAUCAACAUAUGAAAUUACUACUACCAACAGUGUCAGUUCUGUUGUUGUCGUAUCUCAAACGGCUGUUCUCUCAACACAUACUACAACAAUCCAUGGAGUCGUUACUGAAUAUACAACCUGGUGUCCUUUGACCACACCUGAUAGUAUUGAUCAAGUUAUUACAACUGUUGCAACCAGGGUAACGACAUCAACCUCAUUUAGUGGUAGUAGCACGACUUCAAGUAUUUCAUCUCUAAGUCAACCUUCUACGAUUGUUACUCCUGAAAGUGUUAACUCCAAAGACGUCACAACUAGUCAAUAUACCCACCUAACAGGUACUGUCGAUACUGUAACAUCUACAGAAUUAUCUGUUAUAGUAAUAACAACAGAAGUAUGUUCCUCUAAUAAAUGCAGUCAUCUUUAUUCCACUGUUGUAAAAGAUACUUCAAGGUCAGGCUCGCUAUUUUCUCCUUCUAUUAAUUCAUCUAUAAAAGUGGCUACUACUUCUACUUCUAUUCAGAAUACUCAUCCAACUAAUACUUUAUUGGUAUCAUCUGAAACAUUUUCAACUUCAAGUCAAUCUACCAUUAUUAGCAUUACCACCACCACACCGAGGAGCAAAUCUACCAGUCAGGGUUCAGUUACAAAGACUACUCAGAACACUCAACUUUCAACUAUUAGUAGUCAAACAUAUGUGUUAUCUACAUCGACCAUCACAACAGAUGGUGUUGUUACAAUUUUUACUACCUGGUGUCCUUAUUCAUCAUCUAGUAUUUUGAUUGAAAGUUCUAGUACUUUGAUGACAACAACUACUUUAGAAACUGUUAAGUGUACUCAUCAAACAUGUAUCAAUUCUCCAAGAACAGAAAACACUCUUUCUCAAUCAGGUACAACAACGACUAGUGCAACUAUUACUAUUGAAUCCGAGUCUUCAAUAAUGAUUGUUACAACCAGCAAAUCAAAGAUGGAUGUAACCACUUCUCAUUUACCUUCAUUUAGCAAAACAGUGACCAGUUCAAGCAUCUCAAGUUCGUCGAUAGGUCAACCAACUAUAAGGUCAAGUGAUUCAUCAAUGAUUAAGUCCACUAUUACAACAACAAACACGUAUUCCACAGUUACAACACCCCAAUCUGCUGGUACAACUAUCAUAGAACAUAAAUCUAGUCAAUUGAGUAAAACAAAGUGUUCUAGUGUAAUCCAAUCUAGUAUUGAAACUCACACACAUAUAACUACUACCAAACCUACUAUAGAUAUCAUUACAGUGAGUUGUACAAAAUCAGAAUGUUUAAAGAGUUCUGCAUCAACAAGUAAGGUUUUUACAACAUUAGAAACUUCUUCUAUAUCUGUUCCUAUAUCUUCCACACCAAUGAUAACUCAAAAAAGUGUAAUGACUACAACAGCCACAGCGGUAAAUUCCAUCGAUUCUAUAGAAAGUGAAAGCAAAUCAAUCUAUUCUAGUACUACUAUGAAGAAUGAAACACCAAUUGCUUCCUUUAUUAUUGCAUCUACUAAGGAAGUUGAAACAUCAAUUUCGUCAAGAAUUACUUGGAACUCUGUUUCUAUCCCAUCAGUUGUCCUUUACCAUUCAUCUUCCACGCUUCAAACGGAUACUACUAUUAAUACUAACACAACACCAAUUGUGAGUGAAUAUACUGGUGACGGGUAUAAAAUAAAUUCUCAAAGCGUUAUUAUGAUUUUAUUAUCAAUAAUGUAUCUCCUAUAG